AUGCUGGCGCCAAAAACUUACAUGUUUCUAAUAGAUGAGUCCGAGUUCCGGCAUUUCCUGGAUUUCAUUGAGCCCGAGAAUUUGCCUAUCCAAUAUGGCGGCACGAGUAUGUUUGAUUUCAACAAGGACUUCUAUGGUAGGUUUCGUGUCGGCUUUAUGCCUCUCGGUAUAGAAGUGGAUCUGACGCGAGUGUCAUUGGAGGACGCCAUGGCUGGAAUUAACAAAUUGGAUGAUACAUAUAUGGCAUCUGGCUGA